AUGUCAGCGGGAGGAGGAAGAGAUACGGAGGUUGCUGCAGGAAAACAUGUCAUUGCAAGACAGUCUCAUCUAGUAACCUUCAAGGGUUGUGACCCUACAGCCCUAGCAGCUAGCCAGCCCGCUAGCUUUCUGUCCUCUGAACCCUUCACGCUGGAGGAUGGGACAUCAUGGCAGGUCGUCCUCUAUCCAGGAGGAACGCAGACAGACAGCUUGUGGGUUCCAGGGGGAAAGAAUAACAGCUUCAUGGGAUCGACUUACUCCCGGCGGGGGAGGACCGCAGUGUACCUGCGCUACCUGCCGGAGGCAACGCAGGAGGAGGAGGGAGUGGAUUGCUGCUUCACCCUCUGCAUCUUGGGGCGUCAAACGUCUGGCCCGAGAUUUGACGUGGCGUUCGACUGCGGGAUGAGGUUCUGCGGGGAAAAUUUUGCCGACAGCUCCAGCGGAAUGGCAAACGACUGGGGUGCGCACGUGCUCCCCCAGGAGAGGAUUGGCGACUUCGUGGACGAGGAAGGCGUCUUGUCUGUCAUGGUGAACAUCACCAACUUUGGGAGAGUGCAGUUGAGUCAGGGAGAUGAGAGCAACGGGGGCCUGGUGAAGAAGGUCGGAAGCCUGUUGAUGUUGUACGCCACAGCUGGGGCGUCCGAUGGGUUCAGGAGGAGGAAUGGGAUCUUCUGGGAGUGGCCAGAGGAUGUCCGCAAGUCUUUGAGAUGCGGGCAGGUGUUCGUUCCUUCCCUGGGAAUCGGGCGAGCAGACUGGAGGAGGAGGAGGGACGAGCUGUUCUUGAAGGGGGUGUAUCCCGGGUUGGAGUACCGCAUCAUGGGGAUGGAAGACGCGGAGGACGGUACAAUGAUCUUCAGCGCAUCCUCGUCGAAGAACCCGAUCCUCAAGGUACGUCCAAUCUAUGCGGUCAGGAAGGACUUGGACAGGAGUUGGCCUGUGCGAGUGAGCAUGGGAGAAAUUCCUGUUGCUGUGACACAAGCCAUGUACAACACGGCGACCCUUAUAAUCGUCACGAUGGCCUCGCUUGGUCUGCUCAUGUCUGGCCUCAUAGCCCGAGAGGCCAUCUCCCUGUACAAGAUCCCUUCACGCAGCAUGGAGCCGACGAUCAUGGCUGGAGAUCUGCUGGUGGUCGAGAAGGUGAAGCCCCUGCUGCUCACUGCUGAGGAUGACGGGGAUCAGAUGACAGCGCGACUCGGAGUGCCACUCAAGAGGAACGAGAUCAUCCUCUUCUCCCCUCCGGAGGAACUUGAGAGGAUUGUUCGAUCCAACGGAGGAAGACUGCGAGGAGGCGACUUGUUUGUGAAGAGAGUGGCGGGGCUCCCUCAUGAGAGCUUCAAGGUGUCGGGGGAUGGAAGGGUUUUGUUGGACGGAAAAUCUUCAGAGUCGCUGCUUGCAGAGCGGAAGAACCUUUGCGAGCCCGACAAGAGGACUGGGGAGGCGACCUCCUCGAGAAUUCUUCCAAAGGAAGGAGUAAUCCCUGACAAGUCCCUCCUGGUCCUUGGAGACUGCAAGGCUGUCUCCGUUGACUCGCGAGUUUGGGGGCCACUGGACGCUUCGAAGGUCAAGGGACGUCCUCUCCUGAGGCUCUGGCCCCCUGAGAGGUUCGGGAUGAUCGAGUAG